CACUCCACAACUCACCCUAAAAUGCCAAGGCCUGCAGAGAACAAGGCCCCAAGGUUUAUGUCCCUUUUCGCCUCGCACCUCAAAGCGCACCUAGCUGAGCUUGAUCUCUCGACGUCUAAGUGAUUCUGGUCGACCAACCUUCUGAUUUUGCCGAGGACCCUAGAAUCUUCCUUCUAGGACAGCGCAAGCCGCUGCUUACAAACGCAGUUCACUAGUUGCCGCAUUUCAGUUCUACUAGUAAUCGGCACUUCGCUUUCAUGCUGUUGGCUCACGACUGAGAAGUUUCCUAGGAGAGAAAUGGCAGGCCACGUUAUUCACAGGCGCCGACUUAAAUUUUCAAUAUUCCUUCUCCUUAUACUCGCCUCGUCACUCCUCGUAAACCCACUAGCUUCCUCUCGAAGAAGCCUACACCUAGCUGACGCGGCCGACGUUCCGAACCCUAAAGAAACGAAGUUCAGGCGAAUCCAGUUCUCGCAAGCGGAGCUCAAUGCCGCCGCAACUCUUCGCGGCGGAGAGAAAAGGCUCCGCACCCCACGCGGAAGCGGCGGACCGGCGCAGGUGUCUCAGCGGGAGCGCACGGAGGCGCCAACCGAGCUCCGCACGAACCUCAAUGGCGCUGCGAUGAAAGUCGCGUCGCUAAGCGAGAUGCUCCUCGUACGCCCGCGCGGCGCGCCGCAGGCUCAAUCCGCCGCCGCGGCGAAGCAAUCGUCGGCGGAAGCGGAAGCUGUCGCGCACUGCCCACAGUUCGAACCAUGGUGGGGCGCGCUUUCCGCCAUCUCCGCGUGCAAGUGGCGCAGACCCGACUCCGCCGUCCCCGCGGGUCCCUCCUCUCCAUCCACCGCGCUGCGCCUGUUUAUGGUCGAUUUCCUAGAAGACAAGCGUGGCCGCGCGGUUGAGCGCGAGUGCCGCGAUCGGCGCUGGAUCUGGCCGCGGCCGCUCGUGACGGGCGGGGAGGUCUGUGUCGACGAGGAGGACGAGCUUCGCGUGGACGGGGAGGAUAUUAACGAUGAUGACAAUAACGACGAAGAGCUCCCGGAGCUGGUGGGCGCGGCGGAGCUGAUGAAGCGCGUGCGCUCGGCGCUGGGGCAGAGGCGCGGGGAGCAGCGGUCGCGGCUGGAGGCGAACGAGGCGGAUGAGGUGGGAGAAGUGGGCGCACUGGGGGGCGGCGGAGUGCUGCGCUUUAGCGACGUGUUUGUUAACUCUAAAGGGACCGUCUUUAACGAGAGCCACGUGUUUGCCGUGGACGCGUGCGGGCGGGGGCAGUGGCAGCCGCAGGGCGGCGCACAGAACGCGCUGAGAGAAUCGAUCUCCUUCGCGCCGGGGACUCGCGUGAGCGUGCACGAGCACCUGGUAAAUCUCCUGCCGUACGAGCAGGAGGAGGCGGAGCAGCAGGCGGAAGAGGUGGAGGAGGCGGAGAUGGCGGAGCGGGGGCUACGCGGGACGGACUGGGUGGCGCAGGCGCGGCUGCACAACGGCAAGGAGCGGCUGCUGGCACGGCUGCUGCCCGCGCUGUACCUGGUGGCGACCGCGCUCAUGCCCGCUGCGAGGCAGUACCCGCUGCUGCUGAGGAGCGAACAUCUUCUGGAGCAUCUGGGCCGCAGCAUAUUCGGGGUGGACCUGGGGUCGCUGUCCGUGCACCACCUGCCGGCCAGCAGACAGCAUCGUGAGGGCCAUCGCCACCUCUUCUACGCGCAGACACUGUUCAUGCCCGUCCAUGCCAGCAGCGUGUGCGGCCUCUCCUCCUCUGGCCGCCCGCGCGCCCCCGACGCCCUGUGGCUGGCCCUCCGCGGCUUCCACCUGCUGCCGCCGCAAGGCCUCCCCAUCCUCUCCCCCGACUGGACCCCCCGCAUCCCCGCCUCCGCCUCCCAGUCCGCCCCGCCGCCCCCCCACCCGCUGCACCAUCUCGUGGUGGGGCGGACGCUGCCGGACGACUGGGUGGUGGUGGUGUCGAUGGUGUGGAGCGCGCACGUGCUGCAGCGCGGCGGGGGCGGCGUGGGCGACGGGAACGCCCGCACGGCGGCGACGCGGCACACGGAGGAGGCCAUGGCGGCGAUAGCGGUGAUGCUGCGCGAGAUGUACUCUGAGGCGCGCGUGGUGGUCUACGAGGAGCACCUGCCGCUGCGGAAGGCUAAGGCGCUGUUUUCCCGAGCGAUUCUGCUGGUGGGACCCACGUCGCCUGCGCUUUCGAAUCUGAUCUUCAUGCCGUUCAAUUCGACGGUGAUUGAGAUCCUGCCGUACGUUGUCAACCACACGUCAGCCGGUGGUAACCAGGCUGGGGAUCUGCAGCAGGAGGGGAAAUCUGGUGGGAAUCCGUUCAACCAACAGAGCACUGCCACGUGGCACUACAGGCUGUCGGAGCGGGUCGGCGUGCAUCACCUCCUGUCUGUGUGCGAUCCUGAGAGGAGCCACAUGGAGGACAGCGAGAUGUGCCACGUGGACGAGGUGUACGCCACAGUAACCGCAUCCCUGCGGAAGAACCCAGUGUUACGGGAAGCAACAGGGUUACCACCCAUCUCCUUCCCUCCUGAUGACGUCAGCCGACUGGGUGAUUUCCGGGAUUUCAUCCCGGGAUCGAGGCUGCGGAAGGGGACGGGCCAGGCGGCGGAGUUUCGGCGGUGGGCGGAGUGCGUGGCGGAAAGGGGGGAGUGGCGCUUCAACGCCACUCCGCGGGUGCUGCCCUGGCCGGAGCACGGGUCGGAGAAGUGUGACUCGGAAUGGGAGGCUGCGGGGGGAAUCGCGGGGUCCAAAGCGGAUAAGGUCGCGGCACGUGGACCACCAGCCGCAGCCGAUUGGAAGGUUCGAGAUACGCUCAAAUAUGAGUGGGUGGUCCCAACAAACAAGUGUCCGAAGGUUACUAGUUUCGGAGCAGCCCAGCUGGCAGUGCCUAGUCCUGAGGUGCUGGACCCUCGGGAGUUACUCUCGAGGUUUGACGGUCGCGGCUUGUGCGAGCUGGCAAGGCGGAGGAAGGGUGGGCUGCGAAUUGCGUUUCUCGGGGACUCCUUAUCUCGGGAAUCCCACGUCAAUUUUGUGAACAACAUCGUCAAGCAUAUUCCGAAGCCGGCAAACGUUAUAACGAGGCGCAAGUGCAUGACGUGGACAACCAUCCUGGGAUCGAAGGUGGACCUGACUUGUAUGGGAUACACGUUUGAGGGAGCUGGGUGCCCAGGGUUGAGUGUACACUAUGUGGCUAACAUGCGACUAAUUCCGGUCAAUGAGGAGAAGCUGGAGCGGAUUCGAUGGAUCAGUACCCCUUGGAUGGAGGUUCCUGGCAUACGUGACUCAGAUGUGCUUAUCAUCAACCGUGGAGCGCACUACAAGGUGAACGAAAACGUGGUGGAAUCGGUGACAAGGAUGAUGCGCUUCAUUCGUUACAAUCACCCUGAGAAGCUCGUGAUCUACAGGACCACGGCACCGGGCCACCUCAACUGCUUGGAGAACACCAAACCCCUAAAAGAGCGGCAGGAUCCUAAUCAGCUGCCUUUCAAAUGGGGCAAUUUCAAGCUUCAGAACGAGCUUGUGAAGUCUAUAGUGGAGGAGAAUGGUGGAGUGUACAUGGAUGUGGACCCUAUGACGGCUCUCAGAGCAGAUGGGCAUAGGGGGGAUGUGGGAGGCACACGGCUGGAUUGCCUGCACUACUGCUCACCAGGGCCCGAGGAUACAUGGUCCCAGUUCAUCUACAACAUCAUCAUGAGGCUCCUUCCACCACAAUAAAUGUUAGGUGCUAGGCCUAGCCUAAAGCAUCAUUUGAUCUUCAUCCGAUUAUCUAAUGAAAUUUCCGUUGAAGG